AUGCGCCAAACCCUAAAGGUUUGUGCAGGAUUCCUGCAGAAUAUCAACUCUGGCAAAAACAACUUCUUCACAUCGUUGUGGAACAAGCCGCGUACCCGUGAUGAGCGCAUCAAGGAGUAUGUGCCAGAGGUGAUUGACGAGAGCCUCCAGGAACAACGUGCUGUGCUGGAGGAGAGCACCUCCCGCGACGUAAUUGUGGAUUUGGGGCACAAGGUGCUUUCCGAGAUUGAGAACAAAAGUCCAACACCGAGUAUUGCACCUCACCUCAACAAGAUACUGCAGGAAUACGGCUCUAAGGACGUUAUUGCUCAACGUACGUUGAGCUAUCUGCUGUACCCAAGCUCCACAAUGAGUGGUGGACAGCAGCUGCACGAGCUCGUGGCUAACUUUGCUGACAACUUCCGCAGCCUUGUGGAUGAAGUGGAGAAAAAUGGCUGUUCUGUCAGGUCUAAAGCUGAGAAGUCCAGAACGGAUAAUGGUGGUGAGGAGAAGAGGGCAGAAGCGCCGCACGACGACCCCACUCGCGGAACCGAUACGGCGACGAUGUUGUCGUCGUCUGUGGCCACCUCGAAAUCUGGCCCGGUUAUUAUGGCCUCACGGGAGGAGCAUGAGCCGAUGGAUAUUACUCUGUUUAUCAGGGUGAUGUCCGCCAUGGCCCUCGCUAACGUGCAGUAUGGAGACUUGAACAACGCCGUGCGUUGUGUGGAUUUGGCCAUCAGCCAUGUUGUGGAGCAGUCACGCUUGGGUGGUCUACUUGGCAUGAAGGCUGGGAUCCUUGUUCAUCAGAAAAAAUACACAGAGGCACUGGAGUGUGCAAACUUGGCGGUGGAGGCGUCAGGGAACAUACAAGGCUACAUUCAUGGGGCGUUUGCGUUGCGCAUGUUGAAGAAACCGGCAGAAGCGGUGCACCUCCUCGAGAAGGGGCGCGAUGAUCACCCGAUGAACACGCAAAUUGUGGUGUAUAUUGAGGAGGCCCAGAGUGAGGCAGAACAAUUAGCAAAAGAAGAAAAGAAAAUGAUUACCUCUUGA